UCUGUCUAGUCUAUGCCAACUGUUACAUCACUUGCUGUGAAGUAGACCACUUUUCAGGGAUUUUUCAUCUCUUAUUCCUGAAACUAGAUAUCAAUAUACUGCAAUAAUGAGUGCCUGGAGGGCAGCUGGUCUUAGCUACAUUAACUACUCCAACAUCGCCGCCAAGGUGCUCCGUCGGGCCCUGAAACCAGAGCUCCGAGCUGAGGCAUUCAAGCGAGAUGAAUCCCACAUUCGCAUCACCCCUUGGGCUGAUGGCAAACCAGCUCAUGCAAAACAGGCGGCGCCAAAGUAGACUCGAUGGAACCACUAGCAAACAUGCAUGAUGAUUGAUAAUUGUAAUUACAGCAAGUGAUAGUUUUAAUUUAUUAAAAACAAUAUAAGAA